AUGUCGGACUCGGAAGAGUACGAGUACGAGUACGACAGCGACGAGGAGUUGGAGGCCGACGCGUCGACGUCGCCCGCAGCUGCGGACGCCAAUCCACUGGACGAUGACGAAGAGCAGCAGCUCCUCGUCGCCCGCGAGGCGCAGAUCGCGCUCGAGAACACGUUCUACGAGGCCGAAGACUUUCACCAUCGCGGCCACUUGACGCAGGCGCGCGCGUACUUUGAGCGCGUGAUCGCUAUGGAGCGCGCGAUGGCGGCGCAGUGCAAGUGGAGUUUCCAGGCGCUGGAGCACGUGGUGAAGAUCUGCGCGCGUCGGUGUGAGUGGGACGCGAUGCUGCAGCACUACGAGCAGAUGCUCGAGCACUUGGCGUUUGUGACGAGGAACGAGAGCACGGAGUCGAUUUCGUCCAUAUUGGACAUUGUGUCGCACGCGGUCGGCAGCGAGCAGAAGGCGAGCGCCAGGUACACGUCGCGGAUGUACGAGUUGACGCUGGAGAAGCUCAAGGACGUGAACAACGACCGACUCUGGUUCAGCAUGAACGCCAAGCUGGGGAAGCUCUACCUCGACUUGCAGGACUUUGAUCAGUUGCAGACGCUACUGCAGCAGCUCUAUGGAUACUGCCAGACGUCCGACGGCGUGCAGGACCACGCGAAAGCGACGUCGCUGUUGGAAGUCUACGCGCUGGAAAUUCAGCUGUGUGUCGCUACCAAGAACAGCGCCAGAAUGCGCGCUAUCUACCCAAAGACACUGGAUCUGGACGCAGCUGUUGCUGACCCGCGAGUCAUGGGCUUUAUCCGUGAGGAAGGCGGUAAAAUGUACUUGGAAGAGAAGGAAUGGACGCUGGCAUACAACGAGUUUUUCGAGGGCUUCCGUAACUACCAAGAAGCUGGAAACUCGCGUGCAACGCAGUGUUUGAAGUAUGUCGUCCUGGCCAAUAUGUUAACGAGCUCGAAUAUCAAUCCUUUCGAUUCGCGAGAAGCAAAGGUGUAUCAGGAUGUGGAGGAGGUUGGCGCCAUGCUGCUACUGCGGAGUGCGUACGAGGCCAACGACAUUGUACAGUUUGAGAAGAUUCUGAAGAACCCGAGUUACAAACUGCUGAGUGAUCCUGUAAUGAACCGGUGCUUGAACCCGCUGUUGCGCAAUAUACGAUGCCAAGCUAUGAAGACGAUUGUACGUCCGUACCAAACGAUCCGCGUAGACAGCCUUUCGAAACGCAUGAACAUAACGACAGAGGAUGUUGAAGACAUUGCUGUUGCUCUGAUCCAAAACUGCGAGUUAGACGCGAAGGUUGACCAGAGCAGGGGGCUUCUUGUGCUGCAGACGCGACAAAAAGCCCGAGAUGCUACCAAGACGUACGAUGCGUUGGACCGAUGGACUCGAGCUCUUGCCGCCACACAUGCAUCAAUUGCCGCGCGGGUAAUUGCACCUCCGUGA